AUGGAGAAUUACAUCAGAUUUACAAAUGUACAACGCGUAAAACAUACAAACGUCAAGAAAUCUGAAGAGGAGCAAGCAGUAGUUCAUGUUUGCGUGAUUGCUAAACCUUGCAUGCACUAUAAAAAACAGUUGGAAAUUAGCGCAUGUAAUUGUUUGACUUUCUGGAGCCGUUGGGAUAGCUCGCUUUCAAUAGUCAUGAUGACUAAUGUGUGUAAAAUGUGUGCCAUAAGGUGUUGA